GGGGCGGAGUGGUCACCGGGGAUUUAAAGAGCUGCCACUUCCUUGAGCCCCCAGAGGGCACUGGGAGGUCACAGUGGCAGAGGGACACCCGAACUGAGCCUCUGCCCGCCCCUUGCCUAAGCCAUGCACCUCUGUGGGGGCAGUGGGCUGCUGACCAGGACGGACCCCGAGGAGCAUCAGAGGCUGAAGAAGAAGCAGAAGAACCGCGCAGCCGCCCAGCGCAGCCGGCAGAAGCACACGGACAAGGCGGACGCCCUGCACCAGCAGCACGAGACCCUGGAGAAACACAACCAUGUGCUGCGGAAGGAGAUCCAGGCCCUGCAGGCCGAGCUGGUGUGGUGGAGCCGGACCCUGCAUGCGCAUGAGCGCCUGUGCCUCAUGGACUCUGCCACCUGGUUGGCUCCAGUGACCCCUGGCUGCUGGGGCCAGACCGAGCGGCGCCCGGACCCCAUGCUCCACGGACAGCAUGGCUGCCGGGAGCAGCGGGGCCUGUUUCAGACCUCGGUCUCUUCUCCCUCGGCUCACCGGCUCUCUCCAGAUCCACAGCCUCAUAGUUCGCCUGGCCUCCCCCUGUCCCCUCUGCCCUCUCUGUCCCUUGACUCCACCCAGGUCCCUGCACCUGCUGCCCAACUGUCCCCCAGCCCUGUCCAGUCAGCCUCGCCCACUGGCUCCAGCCUGCCAAGGCCUUCCUGCACGCUCGACACCCUCCUGCCCGGUCCCCCAGCCCAACCCACCCCUCUACAGCCCCUUGUGAUGGGGCACCCCACCAGAGGGAAGCUGGGGUCCUCACCUGACAGCCUCUCAACUGCUCUGGGGCUGGCCUGCCUGCAGGGUGGGGAGCACAAGCCUGCGGCGUUAUCCGCAGCAGAUGAGCAAGGGCUGGGUGUGGAUUGCAGCCCUCUCCCACUCUUGGCUUUCCCCCUGCUCUCCUCUGCUCAAGUCCACUUCUAACCCAUCCCUGGGGGCCGAGCUAGCCCCUUCCUUGGGCUGAAGUAGCAGCCUCAGCACACAGGCAUCUCCUCCUUUACCACUGGAGUUGCCUUUCUUGGCUGACCAGCUGGCCCAGCAUUUCACCAGGAAGAGAACGUCAUCACUGCUGCCCAGCACUGCCAGGCCCUGUCACCGCCAUUAUCUUAUUUCAACUUCAUGGUCAUUCUGCAAAAUCCAGAUGAUCACACCA